AUGUGUCGCCUGUCGAUGACCUCACUAUUCGUCUGCUUCUGGUUGGUGGGGAGGGGUCAGUGUGACGCUAGCUUUCAGGACUCCAUGGGAGAGCUGCACACAGAGUUCGCGGUCAGACUCUACCAAACGCUCACCGAGACGGAGAAUAACUCCAACCUGAUGGUGUCGCCGCUGAGCGUCUCGCUGUCCUUGGGACUUCUGCAGCUGGGCGCCCGCGGCAACACGCUGGCACAACUGGAGGCGGCACUGGGAUAUGACGUCAACGACAUGCAGGUGCAGGACUUCCUGUUGCGGUCGCAGGGGGACGUGGGUAACUCCAGUCACGGGGUGCGGCUCCAGCAGGCCUGCGCCCUAUUCAUCCAGACCGGCGUCCAGCUCCUUCCUGUUUUUACCCAGCAUGCAGCAGCCCUGAGCAACAGCAGUCUGGUCCGAGCCAACUUCAGUCAGCCCAACCACACCCACAGCCAGCUGCAACAGUGGGGACGCAACCACGGAACCGGUGAGCUGCUCCAGUCCGGUGGCAGCGGGGGGCUGUUUGGGUCUGGCAAGGCCCAGGGAGAGGCCUCGUUGUGGGGCAAGCGGCUGCAGAUGGCCCUGGUCAACACAGUAAACUUCCGGGGAGUGUGGCAGAAACAGUUCCUCUUCACUGAUACCCAGAACCUUCCCUUCACCCUGUCGGACGGCAGCACUAUCAAGGUGCCCAUGAUGCACCAGGCCACAGAGGUCAACUUUGGUCAGUUCCGCACCCUGUCAGACCAGCGUUACACAGUCCUGGAGCUGCCGUACCUGGGCCACUUCUUCAGUCUGCUGGUGGCUCUGCCCAGUGACAGGAAGACACCCCUGUCCUCGCUGGAAUCCCAGAUAACCCCCCGCGCUGUGGCCACUUGGGACACUGGCCUCCGCAGAACCAAGAUGGAUGUCUUCCUCCCCAGGUUUAAAAUGCAGAAUAGGUUCAACCUGAGGUCGGUUUUGCCGUCAAUGGGGGUCAGUGACGCCUUCAACCCAAUGGCAGCAGACUUCACUGGCAUCUCAGGUACAGAAGGCCUGUAUGUGUCAGAUGCCUUUCAUGAGGCCAGGAUAGAGGUAACAGAGGACGGGACCAAGGCAGCUGCAGUAACAGCUAUGGUGCUACUCAAACGAUCCCGAGCUCCCGUCUUCAAAGCAGACAGACCUUUCUUCUUUCUCCUGCGACAAGUCAGCACAGGAUCUGUUCUAUUUAUGGGGCGUGUGGUGAAUCCAGCUGACCAGGACCCCCUUACCCCCUCCACCACCCUGGGACCCCCUUACCACCACCACCCUGGGACCCCCUCCACCACCCUAGGACCCCCUUACCCCCUCCACCACCCUAGGACCCCCUUACCCCCUCCACCACCUUGGGACCCCCUUACCCCCUCCACCACCCUAGGACCCCCUUACCACCACCACCCUGGGACCCCCUUACCACCACCACCCUGGGACCCCCUUACCACCACCACCCUAGGACCCCCUUACCACCUCCACCACCCUGGGACCCCCUUACCCCCUCCACCACCCUGGGACCCCCUUACCACCACCACCACCCUGGGACCCCCUUACCACCACCACCCUAGGACCCCCUUACCCCCUCAACCAUACCUUACCUCAUAUUCAACCUCAACCAUUCUAAAGAUCUACUUUAACUGUAUAUAA